AUGGCUGCGAGACAAGCUAUUCAAGUCGGUACCAAGACCGUAAGGCCUGUACUCUCUUUAGACUCCUCAGAGGCUAGGUCUAGAGUACUCAGCCUAUACAAAGCUUGGUAUCGUCAAAUCCCUUACAUAGUAAAGGAUUAUGAUAUACCAAAAAGUGAGGAACAGUGUCGCGCCAAACUAAGGGAAUAUUUUGUUAAGAACAAGGAUGUUACUGAUGUCAGAGUUAUUGAUUUGCUUGUUAUCAAGGGACAAAUGGAACUUAAAGAAGUAAUUAACAUUUGGAAGCAAAAAGGUCAUAUCAUGACAUACUUUAAACCUACAGAAGAGCCCAAACCGAAGGAUUUCUUGUCCAAAUUUUUCUCCGGAUUAGAAUAA